UACUUCGAAAUAAUCUGUAAAUAUUGUAAUUUCUUUACGAUUGUUAAUUUUUUUUCUUUUCAAGUCUGUGUAGUUUGUUUUCUAAUAAAGAAACGAGCAUGCCUAAAAGGAAAUCGCAUCUGUCCCGGCAGACAUCACAGACAAGAGCAGCUCGAGUACGCCGUACGAAAGAAUCUGCCCCGGAAAAUGAGCAGGUCCUCUCGAGAAAUAGAGAACAUAUUUCGCAAGCACGCGUCAGAGAAUCAAGCUCCGAGCGCUCACAGCGACUCGCUAGCCAAAAUGUGACAGCAUCGCGAGCCCGUGCUUGAGAAACUAGCGCUGAACGUGCGCAACGUCUCGCUGAUUUAAGGCAGCAUGACUCUGAAACGAGGUUUAGGGAGACUAGCGCUCAGCGCUCGCGGCGUCUAGCAGCUACAGCCAUAUUGUAAAUAGAGAAGCAUUAAAUUAAAUAAGUAAGUACCGAACUUGAACGUACGUUCGUUCGUUCGUUGGUACGUAAUUGAAACAAGAAAUUUUCCGCGGACGAAGUCGCGGGCAGAAGCUAGUUUAUUAAUAUUUACAUAAAAUCUUGGGCAUGUCUGCUCUUUUUUCAUUUUGUUAAAACAACCAAAUAAUCAUUAGCUGUGGACUUGUUCCAACUAAAUAGUCCAAAAUACAUAGUAUUACAGACGCGAAUCCAUCUUAAAAACUAGUAUUUGUGCGAAAUCGUUUUUAUGAAUCCAUAAAGUAGUAACGACUUAAUCAAACGAUUAAUUAAGAGAUAAGAGUUUGUGCAAGCAGUUGACGUUCACUCAGUACGCAGGCGUGCUGAUAGUACAGUCAUGAUACAUAUAAGGUAUUUUGUUGUUACUCUCUUGAGUUUGAGAGCCGUGGAAAGCGCCAUGGAAGGUAAUGUGGUCGGAGGAAAUAAAGCUGACAUAACCGAUUUUCCUCACUCUGCGUUUCUUGGAGUGAUUUGUCAAGAAGAGGAUUAUGAGGAUCCUUUUAUUUGGAUCUGCGGUGGUUCCAUUUUGAACCAAAAAAUCAUAUUGACAGCAGCGCACUGUUUCUACGGUUGUCUACCGGAAAGAAGUUUAAUUGGUGCUUAUAUGGGACAUGUUAACAGGGAAAAGGGCUUUUCAAGCAUUGUAAAAUCUUAUAGUCUACACAAGGAUUAUUAUUCUGGAAACAUAUCGAAUGACAUAGGAUUGGCGGUAAUUAACUCUACUAUUAAAUUUGGGUCAAACAUUAAACGCAUUGCUGUCGUGGCAAACCCACCUUAUUAUGAGAAAGCGCAAAUAGCUGGUUGGGGUCUUUAUGACGAAAUAAAUUUUAAGGUGGACAACAUUCUUAAGUAUGUAAAUCAAUAUAUAUGGAAGAGAGCCGCAUGCAAGCAAUUAAUCAGUAAAUUGUCAAAAGGUACUAUCUGCGCAAGUAGUGGGGAUCCUGAAGCAUAUUCUAGUCGUGGUGACUCCGGUAGCGCCCUGGUCGUGAGGGGCUUCAUCCAGAUUGGGAUCGUCUCCUACAAGGUGCCGCUAGUCAGUCGGAGUCUCGUGGUCUACACCGACACCGGCUACUUCUACGAUUGGAUCAAAGAACACGCGAAAAAACUUUAUUGUCCAGAUGCGAAGUCGCGGCCUAAGAAGUAGCAGGCGAGUAUCGCGGGGCGGAGCGUGGCAGUGUUGUAGACGAUACUGGUCGCUUGCUUAUCUUGUACCGUACGGCGAGACUUUACGGCGUUUAUCUGAACUUAGCCUUAGCCUUAUAAAAUACCUAUCUACGAAUAAAAUUGAAUCGCUGGGAUUUGUGGGUA